AUGAAAAUCGGCUGGUCGCUAUUUGUGAUUUUGGCAGUGACGAAUUUUGGAGAAGGAAAGGCGAAAUUGGCCUGCUGGGAAACUGAACGCUUCGAAAUCGAGAACGCGUGCCGUGCCUGCCGCAGCAAAGGAGACAAUCAACGCAUUUGCGCAGAAACUGGCUUCAUCGAAAAGGUGAAGUGCAACAGUGGCCAAAUCGAGGCCCGUUCGUGCACCGAGCUGCCAGCAGACCAGAAAAAGAAAUUCAUCAAGUUUGAGCUGUUUUGCGCGCUUUUUGGAACCGGCUGCGCGUAUUUCACCUUCCAGCGCAUGAGACAGCUCGACCGCGAGCACGAUGAGCGAAUCAAGAAACAACUUUCCUCUCUCUGA